AUGCGCGGUCGCCCCCAGAAGAAGGGCGGCAACAAAACCGCCAAGAAGAAGCGCGUCAACCCCAACAAGAUCAUCGACGAUGGGUCCGGCAACGCGGUCGACACGUCGGUCCCCCGGUCCUUCGUCAUCUCCAUGGGCAAGGUGACCUCCACCGUGCGGGAGCUGAUCGCCGACUUCCGGAGUGUCAUGGAGCCGAACACGGCCGCCCGGCUGCGCGAGCUCCGGCGCAAUACUCUCAAGGACUUUGCCAAUGUCGCCGGUCCGAUGGGUGUCUCGCACACGGUGGUUUUCACGCAGACCAACGUCGGUGUGAACAUGCGGAUUGGCCGCAUGCCGCGCGGGCCGACCCUGCACUUCCGUGUGCUGCGCUACGCCACCCUCGGCGACAUCACCCGCUCGCAGGCCAAGCCCCGGUCCAUGGUUACCGAGCUGAAGACCGCGCCCCUGGUCAUCCUGAACAACAUGAACGCCGAUGACUCGCCCAACGCCUCGGAGAAGGACAAGAUGACGGCCCUCAUGCUGCGCAACAUGUUCCCCGCCGUGGACGUGGAGACGAUCCGCCUGACGGAUGCCCGCCGUGUGGUUCUCUUCAACUACAAUGAUGACACCGAUACCAUCGACAUGCGCCAGUACCUCAUCACCAUGGGCUACGUUGGCCUGUCGAAGAACAUUCGUCGCCUGGUGCAGACUCGCAUCCCGGAUCUCAGCAAGCUCGAGGACAUCAGUGAGCAUAUCCUCCGUGAUGGCGGCAUGACCUCGGACAGUGAGUUCGAGGAUACCCUCAACACCGACAAUCAUGUCACCCUCUCGCAGAACUACAUCGGCCGCAACCACACCGAGAACUCGCGCCGGUCCAUCCGUCUGGCCGAGGUCGGCCCGCGGCUGGAGCUGCAGCUCCUCAAGAUCCAGCAGGGCUUCUGCGACGGCGAGGUCCUUUACCACAGCUACAUCAAGCGCACUGCCGAGGAAAUUGCCGCCAAGAAGCUGGAGCGCGAGCGCCGUGCCAGCCUCAAGGCCCAGCGUCGUCUCGAGCAGGAGCAGAACGUCCAGAAGAAGCAGCAGAAGAUGGAGGAGCUGCGUGCCCGCCAGCGGGAGAUUCACGAGGCCAAGUAUGGUGCCCUGCGCAAGGCGGCCCAAGAGGAGGAUGCCGAUGUGGAGGACGACAGCAGCGACUCCGAUUCCGAGGGCGGCCACGCCCAGCGCCCGAAGUUUGUCUCCGGCGCCGGUGCCUCCGACAGUGAGGCCGACGGGGACUUCGAUGAUGAUGACGACGACGACGAUGAUGAUGAUGACUUUGACUCGGAUGACGAGGCCGACGACGAUGCCACCAUCCGGGGGUAUGUCAACAACUCCGACGAUGAGGAGGUCUCGGAGGACGACUCCGACGCCGAGGAGGAGGCCGCCGGCACCGCCGACGAGGAUGAUGAUGAUGAUGAUGAUGAGGAGGAGGAGGAGGAGGAUGAGGCCCCUCCUCAGCCGACCAAGCGCGCCAAGCACAAGUAG